GCAUUUAGAAUCACCAUUCAGUUCCCAUCUUGUUCUCCUUUCUUGGUCAUUGAGAGGCAGCAUAGAUGGAUAGGGCUUUGGCAUCUAAUUAGGCUCGAGUUUGAAUCCCAGUUCUGCCAACCUGUUAGCUUUGGGACCUUCAGCAAAUUACUUAACUUUUCAGAGCCUGGUUCCCCGUUUGCCUUCCUGUAAGCUGGGUCUAAUUGGCCCUGUCACACAGAAGACUGUGGUGAAAUGAGAUAAUAUAUGAAAAGCCCUUGAUGCCACCCUGAACACAGGGUGGACCAGCUGCUUUUCGAGAAGAGCCUUCAGACAGGUGCUGUGUGCUCAUUGCUUCUACCUUCAUUCUUUCUAUAAGUCUGUGCGUUCAUCAAGGGCAGAGACAUUAAACUUUGUCCAUAACGUUGGGCACACAAUUGGGCUCAGCAAAUGUUUAGUGAAUUUCAAGCGAACAGGUGGGCGGUGCAGACUGAAGACAGCUGUCCCUGGGCCCUUCCGUGAUAAACACUGCUGGAGCAGAACAGCUGGGGCCCAGGGGGUAAGAAGAGGUAGUCAUUCCUCAGUCUAGUGCUUCUCCCAUUGGCUUUGGAGGGCACAGGGGAGUCAUCUCAGCAUGACCUGAAAGCACUGUGACCCAAUUGGCCCAGUGAGGAUGGGCAACUCCCCACCAACACCUUACUUCUACCUGGAACAGGGCCAGCUCAACUAUAGCUGUACCGCUGACCCACUGUGGGACCCUGGGCAAGUCCCUGCCUUGUCUGGCCUCAUUUGGCCCUGAUGACCCCUAAUGGCCCUUCUGGCACUUAAGUCCAGUGACCUCAUUUUCCUGGGCCUUUACAAGAGGUUGCUAGAGAGCAUUAGGGAACACAGUUUCCACUGCCCUAAGCCCCGUGUGAUGCAGUCCCUUCUCUUUCAGAUGCAUUUCAUCUUCUCAGAUGAGGUAGUGCUUCUCUUUGAUUUCUGGAGUGUCCACAGUCCUGCAGGCAUAGCCCUUUCGGUGUUGGUCAUCUUGCUCCUGGCUGUGUUGUAUGAAGGCAUCAAGGUUGGCAAAGCCAGGCUCCUCCACCAGGCCCUGACGAGCCUGUCCAUCUCCACCAGCCAGCAGCUCAUCGAAGAGACAGACCAGAAUUCUUCAAGCUCAGACUCCCCCCAAGUCAGCAGAACCCACCUCAGGUGGUUCUUGUGUCACUUUGGCCAGUCUCUACUUCAUGUCGCUCAGGUGGUCGUCGGCUACUUCAUGAUGCUGGCUGUUAUGUCCUACAACACCUGGAUUUUCUUCGGCGUGGUCCUGGGCUCAGGUGUGGGCUACUACCUAGCCUAUCCACUUCUCAGCAUGACUUAGCUGGUGACAGCUGUGCAGGCUCUGGGGGCUGGAGAGAGCUGGGGCCCCUCCUUCCAGACAUUGAACUUCUAGCCCCACGUCUCCUUUUUCUUCUGUUGGCUGUUCUCACGGCAUCCCCAGCUCCUGGAAACUUUCAGCUGAAGCCAGCACUUGCUCCCUGGAGUUGAGGCCACUGUUGCUCCUCAGCCAGGCUGCAGAGGGCCCAGGCAUAGUCUUUCUAUGCCUUAAGAAGGGUGCUGUGACCAGAGGGUGGACGGAGAGACUAGAACCCGGGGGGCAGGUUUCAUGAUGAUGGCAGCAUCUGUGGGACCUGUUUCCCUUUCUUGGGGGGAGAGUGACAGCAGACUAAAGGCAGAGAAGCAGGACUGUCAGCAAGGCUUUGACCUAUCCAAAUAGAGUGAGCUCCUCCCAUCAGACAGCACUGCCUGCAGGAAGAUGAUACUUUCUUUAAUGGCUUUAGGUGUCAGGGAGCUCUUCAUGGCCUUAAAUCCCCCCUUUUUCUUUUUCUUUUUUUC